AUGCAUCUUAAACAGAGCAAUGCAUCACGUGGUCACUUCAACAAUAUGUCCCAUGAGUUCACGACACCUCAAGACGAGAUCGGGCCCAUGUUGCCUGAUGAUGGCAUGCAAACAUCAACAGUUAUAGCCGGCCUCAUGCCGGACUCCUUCGGUGAAAUGUUUAACUUCUUAGAUGGGGACAGCUUCGGAAUUGGUCCAAUGCAUGAGUUUGUAUACGGCUGGCAAGCAAUAGUGAACACUAUGAGUAUGAAGAACAACGUUGAAGUACGCAAACGCGCUGGGUUGCAGCGAUUCGCCCUAGCAGGGAUUAAUGGCAUCACUCUGAUAUCACAUAUUGGCGUUACGGAGAUAAUGAUUAAUGGAACACGUUCUUACUGCUUCGGUGGUGUUUCUAGACCGCCUGGCAGAAGAAGUGUUAUAUGCAAGGGUGCUAUGUACCAAGAAGGACGCUUCUCAUGUAAAGUACCUUAUCUACGUUACCCAACCGUCCUGGGAUACAGAUAUUGUAUAGACUGGUACGCCGCUGUUGCUUCUCUUAAUCAUACAUACAAAACGACGUAUUGUGCUCGAGGAGAAUCUGUACCUAAAUUCCAUUACGACUAUAUUUGCGAGCGCCGUGACGUUAAAAUAAAACGAGUUAAUUUAACCGAUCCAAACGAAAGGUUCAAUAUACGUAAUCCUGUUGUUAGGAGAGUCGAAUACUAUCGCGCUCCGUACGAUAUAUUAAAGGCAUGUCCCGAUUGGUAUGGCUGCAACCUUCAUAUCGCCCCGGAAAAUUUGCACCAGCAAAUACCGACCGGUUUGUUGGACGCUAACGAAACUGCCUUCGUCGGACAUGGGGGAAAAUACUGGUUAGCUCUUUAUUACACUCAGCUUUCUACUUACGCAAUUUACUUCCAAGCCCACGGCGAAUACCCAUGGCAGUCCAGCAGACCUAUUGUGUCUAUUGACAAGGGCGGUAUUUGGGAACAACUUCUCAAAGCGAAUAUAGGUCCGGAUAUGAACUUGCACUACAAUUUGAAUGGUAUCUACAAUAGAUAUCCAGGAGGUGUCGUAAUGCCUGAUAUUAUGAGGAAUGAUGGCCAGGUUCAACCAGCAAACUUUAGGACAGAUGUUCGUGAGGGUGGCGCUGAAGAAGUCCUAGUUGGAAACCAUCUUGCAGGUGAUGGUGCUGAUACGGGCAGUCACAAAUUUAUCCACGAUUCGCAAAUUCAAGCAAAAUUUGAACAUGGGAAAAAUUUAUAAGAUACACGUGAAUUUAAGCCAAUAAAAAGAAUUAUCACA